ACGAGCGCUAAAUCUCUUUAUCGAUUAAUUUUCCUCAAAAAUUCUCGUGAAAUUUAUUGUAAAUGGCCAAUAUCUUCGGCAUGCAUAAGUGUAUUAGCAUAAUUUAUGCCUCGGUAUAUAAGCACGGUUAAUUUUACGUGUAUCACUAACUACUUGGUUCGGGGUACAGAGCAUACGUUUGUUGAGCUCUCUUAGUACAAAUCUUGACAUGGCUCUGCCUCUGUUAUUGUUGCUUUUGAUGAAGUUUGUUGAUAUUCAAGGCAGAACAGAAGUUGGAGCUGAGUUUGGUUUCCAACCCGACAACAUGACGCAUUUCGAUGUCUACGCGAGUGCGCUGAGCAAGGCACAUUAUAAUCCUUGGGUUUGCAGUUAUAGGACUGAGCCGGGUUACAAAUGCCUUAGUUGUCAUAAGGCACUCCACUGCUACCCCAGCAACUUCGCGCUGUUAGUGCAGUGCGCCGGCCUGUUCCCGUACUGCCGCAACGGUUACUGCUCCAGGUUCAAAACUGAGGGGUGUGUCGAGGAAUCUGAUAACGCCCAUGCCGUUAACACCCAUAGUACCAUGCCACCCUACGUGUCAACAUCCAAGCCCACAAGCCCGAAACAAAAUAGUACGGAAGAAAUGAAUGCCCCCGUUUCCGAAAGCACAAAUGUGAUUGAAAUAACUUCUGAAUCACAAAAUGUUACCGAAAUCAUAAGGGAAGAAAUUGAUAGUGUGAGCGUAACGGAAACCACUAAACCCGAAAUCAGAUUGGGAACAUAUGCUCGAAGAUCUAAUCAUUAGUUCUAAGUUUACUUAGCUAAUAUAAUUAUGGUAUAACUAUUUAUACCAAGUCAAAUGUAACGAAAUUGAUAUUUAAUAAAUUAUUUAUCGAUUUAAUGUUUUGAUAAUUAUGCAGUUGUUAUUAAUUACGAUUAUACAUUUGGUUGCUAAUUAAGAAUGGUGCGUGCCAAGUGACAAUAUCCAUCGAUUCAAUUUAAAUACAAGAACCGUGGUCUAAUAACAGGAUUCACAAGAUCUCACUAAUAUAAAAUAAUCUAUGAAUACAUCGUUUUUCUGCAGGAUGUAAUAACCAUCAAUUACUUCAGUCUUUACCUUUUGUAUAAAAUACGAUAGGACUUGGUGAGGUCGACUCCCGUCUCCGCUCCGCGUCAGUCACCAGCCACUCCGUUUGCAUCCGAAACUAGUCGAGCAAUCCAGAUUAAUACCUAUGCUUGAGUAAACCGCCUCACGAAGUUAUUAUACCAACCUAAUAAUAUGUAAAUAUAAUUUCUGCAUCUAUCGUCACUGAAAUCCUAAACCUUCAAGUAUUGGAAAAUAUGUAAUUUAAAUCAUGAGGAGUAACUAGAUAUCUAGGUCCCUUAGCGUCCAAUCAGGGCUUGAUUUGUGAUAGCGCAGUGUCGCUUAGGGAAUACCCUUAUUUUAAAGGUCGUUUGAAUAUCUUGUAUCGUGAUUUACUGGAUCUACUUUACGUAACUAAGUUUGAUCAGUUAUUUGGUUUAACAAAGAUUUUUGUUUUGGAUAUAAGUUUUGUAGGUCAGCAGCUACUUGGUUUUAAGUUGACCAUGUCAAAAACUGAUUGCGUAGGCAUGGUAAUUGAACACACAAGAAAUAAGUAUAACAUCGUGUAUAACCUGGAUCAUAAAUAACUGAAAUUUGGAGUCGCCAACCAGCCCUGAAUCAUGAGAAACCGUCCGCGU